AUGCCUGUCAGAGAAAACCCCCUAUCGUCUUUAUCACUUUUUGUUCCUCAAAUUUUUCAAGACGUCCAAAAGACCGUUACUAACCACCGGAAAAAUGCUGCAGCUCUGCGAAAGUUUCAGCUUCAAUGCUCAACUUUUAACCAAGUUACACGUUCUUCUUCUAUUUCUUCUAGAGGCAGUAGCGGCAGUGAUAUUCUUGGUGAGGUCGAAUUUAAUAAAGAGUUUGCUAGGAAUCUAAAUAAGAUAUUGCCAUUGAAAAAAGGUCAGGCAACUGCAGAGCGCGUCGUUACGUUCAUAGCUACGUUUAUAAAAUAUUGUCAUGAUAAAGAAAACGGAAACGAGAGUAAGAAUGACGAUGACUCUCACAGUUCUGUCUAUGAUAGUGAUACUUUAUCAUCAUUUACAGAAUUUUUACUUAGACAUUUACUGAAAGGUACUGAAGCCAAAGAUAGAAAUGUACGGUUACGCGUUUGCAAACUUAUAGCUCUUAUAAUGAAUUCGAUUGGAACUGUUGAUGAUGAUUUGUAUGAGUAUUUGAAAGAUGAAUUGUCUAAACGAUUAUUUGACAAAGAAGCAUCUGUUCGUGUCAAUGCAGUCGUAGCAUUUUCUAAGUUACUAGGUGACAAUGAAAUUGGAAAAGAUGUCACCGAAAAAUUGCUUGGAUUAAUGCAAAAUGAUCCUAGCGCGGAAGUUCGACGUGCUGUUUUGCUAAAUAUUGAAUUUAGUGAAAAAACUAUUCCUUACAUAUUUAAUCGCGCAAGAGAUAUUGAUGCAAGUAUUCGUUGUAAUGUUUAUACGAGAUCAAAGGAAGAAAUAGGUGAUUUUCGUGUCUUAUCCAUCGAAGUUCGAGAAAAUUUGCUAAAACAUGGUCUUACUGAUAGGGAUCCUCAAGUUAAAAAGGCUUGUUCAAAUAUGCUUGCUAAUGGAUGGAUCAAACACGCAAAUGAUAAUUUUUUAGAGUUACUUGAGCGAAUUGACGUCGUGGGUAGUAAAAUUGCUCCGGAUGUCCUUUUGGCACUCUUUAAAUCCCGUCCAGAUAUUGUACAAACCUUGAAUUUUGAUGGAUCAUUUUGGGAAAAUCUAACUAUCGAGUCCGUUUUUCUUGCACGAGUAUUUUGUGAAUUCAACAAAGAGGAUGAAAAUAGGCUUGAUGAUAUUUUACCAGAAGUCUCAAAAUUUGCUUUAUAUGUCCAAAAUUUUAUCAAUUUAAUGAAUCAAGCAUCGGAUGAUGAACAAGUAAAUUAUGAGUUUAUUGUUGGUCAAUUGCUCUUAAUUUCAAAGUUCUUAAAUUACGGGGAUGAAGUUGGAAGGCGUCAAAUGUUCACUCUUCUUCGCGAGAUACUUAUGUUGGAUCAUAUCCCAGAGGGGCAUAUUGAGAGUGUUGUGGAAAUUAUGAAAAAAAUUUCAAUUGACGAACGGGAUUUUACUCGUUACAUGAUUGACAUCCUAUCUGAUAUUCGGGAAACAAUUGAAGACUGCAAUGAUCCAUUGAGGCUGAGAUUUCAGGCUGAAGACGAGCUUGUGGCCAAUAUGUCUAAUCUUAGUAUAAGUAUGUCUUCAAUGAGAAAAUCUUUAGCUUCCGAGACGAGAUCAGAAAGAAGAAUGUCGAUAGAUUCCAAUUCCACGAUUAAUGAUGAAGAAUAUGAAUUAGAAGCACUAAUAACUAAUUUAAAAUGUUUGCAUAUUGUGCGCUGUAUACUUGAAAAAAAUGAAGUCGGUUUACGUGAUAAUCCUUCCAUGUAUGGUCUUUUGAACGACUUUAUAACACCGAAUAUAAAACGUCAUGAGCCAUUAUUACGUGAGAUAAGUGUUCAAUGUCUUGGAUUAUGUUGUUUACUUGACCCGCAAUUAAUGAAUGAAAACCUUAGUCUAUUCAUGUAUUGUGUAAGACAUGGGAAUCCAGAACUUCAAGUUAAAGCUCUUAUGGUUAUAUUUGACAUUCUACUUGUAUAUGGUUAUUCCUCAAUCGUUGAUAAAACGAAACAUGCAAAUCCACAAGUUCAAGCAAUUGCAGUUGAGGGCAUAGCUAAACUUAUGCUUUCUAAAAUGAUAUGUGAAAAAGAUGUAUUAAAAGAACUUAUAAUGUUAUAUUUUGAUGUUGGAACUACAAAUAAUUUUCGUUUACGGCAAUGCUUGAGUUACUUCCUUCCCGUUUAUUGUCAUUCGUCAGUUGAAAAUCAACGGUUAAUGCAACAGAUAUGUGUUUCAUCUUUAACAGACUUGAUCGAAGAACGCCGGCAACAUAAGGAUAAAGAAUUGAUACCACCAAUGCAAAUAGCACAACAAUUAAUUGACUGGACAGAUCCUUUUAAAGUUGUAAAAUCGGAACAAAAUGAGGAAGUAAUAGAUUAUGGAGCGCAUGCUGACAUCGCCAUUGAUAUAAUUAAAGAACUUUUUUCGGAAACAAACAGGGAAGUAAGAAAAUUAUACAGUCAAAUACUCAAUAAAUUAAAUAUUGAUGAAUCUACUAGUAUCAUACGAUUUAAAAAACUAACUUUGCUGGUUGGAAAUUUAAAAAAGAAAAAACCAUUGGUUGACGCAGUUGGUAGAAAUGCGUUCAAUAAAUUUGAGAAUUCUUUGCUUCAACAUUAUGACGAAGCACCGGAUCCUUUAGAUGAUAACGAAUUAGAACAAUUAAAAGACAUUAUAGAUUUUAUAAGAAAUAUUCAAGAAGCUUCUCCCGACCGCGUUUCUUCACGAAGUUUAAGAUCAAGGUAA